UUUUGUGCUGUAGGUAGUACUGGUUGUCAGCUCCAGAAAGCUAAAAUGGUGUUUAUACCCAAUGUCAUUGAGAAGAUGGGUAAUGAACACAGAAUCAGCUGCUCAGCUCCACAGUGUGUCUAUGGUGUGACAUGCCACUUUUACAGAGAAGCUGAAUCAGAGCCAUUCAGAUCAAUGAGCUCAGACAGCAACCAAUGUGACUUCAGUGCAAGAGGAGGAGAGCUGCUGGGAGAUGUGGAAUUAAAGAGUGAAGGCAUUCUGCAUUACAGUUGUGAUUAUGAAUCCAUUAUCAACAGUGCAACCUCUGAAAGAAGUGACAAUCUAAAUGUAAAGGUGCAGCAGUCAGUAAAAGCUGAAGUCAAAGUCCUGACCACAGAAAUCCAGAAGACUGAAUCUAUCAUGAUUAAAUGUCAAGGGGACCAGGCAGUAAAAGGAGUUUGUCAUUUUUAUAAAAAUGAAGCUCUUUUCUUUUCGGAGGCAUACAUCACAGAAGGAAAAGCCUGUGUGAUUACUUUGUUUGGGUACCAGUUGUUGGAUCAAAGAUCAAUAAAGAGUGUCACUCAGGUGAAUGUGAGCUGUGAAAUUGAAGUCAUAGGAAGUGAUGACAAAUGGAUAUCACGCCGCAGCAGGAACUUGACACUAAAUAUAAAUGGUGAGUACAGCACCGAAAGCACAGAUUCCAAAUGUAAAUGACAGAGAACAAGACAUUAAUGAAUGCUGAAGGCAUCAUUUCGAAGAAAUUUACAAUAACCUUUAAAUUUAAAGAGAAAAAUGCAAGUAGGUGUUACAACCAGUGAGCCCUAAUCAAAGAAAGAACUGAACGUUUCAAGGUUGCAGGUUCAG